AACUAUUCAGACAUGUUAGUUCAAACAGAAAGCUUGUGCAAUCAGAAUAACCUACUUAAUGAUGAACUCGAUAGGUUACGGCAGCUCCUAGAAACUGCUGAAGAUUCAUUUGCUGCAUCAACAAAAGAAACUGUAGAGCUUAGGGAAAAAAUUAAAAAGUUACAGAAUAUUGUUGAUAAAAAAGAUGCACUUCAAAGAGAAAAUGAAGACCUAAAAUCUAUUGUACACUACUGGAUGGAAAAAUUUGAAAGAGAACGAGAUUCGAAUGAGAAUCAACAAGAAUCUAUUUUGUUGGAAAACAGUAAACUGAAAAAAAAUCUGGAGCAGAAUCUAACAGAUUACCAAAAUUCGUUAAGUAAAAUUCAAGAACUCAAAAUGCAUAAUUCUAAACUUUUAAAGAAAAAGAAAAUUGAGAUUGAAAAACUGUCAGAUAAUUUUGAAAUUGAAAUUAUAAAAUUGAAAACUGAACUGAAUAAAGCUGGGGAAAAUAUGACACUACUGAAGAAAACUAAUAAAGAGCUUCAAACAACUAAUUUUGAUCUUGUUGCCCAAAUGAUCCAACUAAAAGAAGAUAAGAGUAAAUUUCCUGAGGGUGUAGCCUGCCCAAUUUUGCCUGUUGUCAUUGAAGAAGACAUGGAUUUUCAUCAACAAAAAAAUAUUACUGAUAAAGCACUUAGUGAUGUUUCAUUCAACCAAUCUAACAACACUCUUAGUACGGAGUUAAAAGGAAUGGUUGGUGAGUUUUUACCAUCCCCCAUUUGUGAAAGAGAACAUCUCAGUGAUUCACCUGAUAGCAACCCAGAAGAAUCUAGAGAUUCUAUGUUGGCUAAUCUUACCAAUUUCAAAGAUAUUUUGCAAAGUACUGUAGAAACUGUCAUUGAAAUAAAGAAACAACUUGUUAAUUUUGCUGAUAAAAUGGAAUUAAAAACUAAAAAGGAUGUGAACUGUGUUUCUUGUUCUGAAUUUCGACUAAGUUUAAUGGCUACUCUGUCACAGUAUAAAGACUGGGUGGAGUUGUUAGUCUGCAAGAAAGCAACUCUAAAUAGCUGGUUAUCACAAAUGAUUAAAAUAUUGACAGACUCAUCAGUAUAUUCAUUUGAAGAUCCUUAUGAUAGUAAUACCAAUACACCAGAACAUGAUGUAGAACUGGCCAAACUGAAAGACAUCUUUAAAAUAAUUGCAAUGCAGGUAUUGGUGUAAACAAAUAUAUUCAGUUUCUAACAUCAACAACAAAACACAUCUUCAUUU